AGCCUGAUAAUAACCGUAUGUCAUUCAUUCGUCAUACAUAUAUUAAUAAUCGUUAUUAUUUUGCAUAUUUACAUCAAUUCACAUUAGCCAUCAUCUCAUUGCAAACCAAAAAAAAAAAAAUAUAUAUAUAUAUAUAUAUGUAUAUGGAUGCGAAAUUAUAAUUGAAUCAAGAUUUGUAUUGAAGAAAUUAAUGGGAAAGUCAGUGAAUGUAAAAUUACGCGGAAUAUCGAGGCAAGUGUUAUAACAAUGGCUCUGUAUGAUAAUAAACACUGGUUGCUCUCGCAUAUAAGAGACAGUUUUAUAUCAACUGAUGACACAGGUAUGUGCGAGAUGGUGAUGGUUGGUGAGGAUAUACCGAGGCAAUUAAAAGCAAACGGUGAAUCUUGCUACCCAGGAGAUGAAGAAAGCGAUGACGAGGACUUGGAUGCGAUGUCUGAAUCCUAUGACAUUCAAAUGGAUAUGGAAUUUGGUCAUCGUCCACGUUCCAACACAGCCCAGCGCCUUGAAAAGAUGGAGAUGGAACGGAAAAAAGCUGCCAAAAUAAAACACAUAAAGUGGGAGCCAAAUCCCAUCAGCAUGACUGAAGAGGAAAAAUUCGAAAUGUUCAAACGAAAAGAUGUUCGCAAACGAGACCAAUUCAUUAGACCGAUAAAGCGACAAUCACUGUUAUCUGAACAAUUAGUAAAAUCUCCACUGCUUCCACGAAAUCCGUUCACUGAGUACAUCAAAUUCGAUGGGAAUGCCCAAAUUGGUGUUCAUAUCAGAAAAUACAGAAUAUACAUGUGUAUGUUGAGUGAGGAAGAGCGUCGAUACCCUUUACAGAUCGUCGUCCUUGGUACAGCCAAAGUUCAAGAGUUCAUUGGUUUGAUUUGUUAUAAAUAUGCCAGUGAGCAUCCGAAUCACAAUCUCAAGGAAGACAUCACGAAAUACGGUCUAUACAUAACCGAAGACGAUGGAGAAGUCGACUGGGACUUUCCCUGCUUAGACCCACGAGAAGUUAUAUCGAAAUUCGAAUUUCCAGCUUUAUGCCUGGUGGAAAUGCGACCUUGCGACCGUGCUAGGCAUGAACCGGUUGGUCCAGCUAUGCGAAUAGCUGAUGAAGAAUCUCCUGUGACUACUGAAAUGGAGCAAGAGAUAUUUGCCGAGGAUCUGGCGCGAAUGAAAGGACAUACUACUGCUAUGGAAGCUCCUUUAUAUCAAUUGUAUAGAGUGAACAUAAUAAACAAAGUGAGAGCAAAGACUGAAAUCCACCUGGGCAUAUCGGGUGAUAAAAUUGAGAUAGAUCCUGUGAUAGCAGGUAAAGGUGCCAGUAGAUUUUGGCAUCGACAACGAGCAGUCUCCUAUGAAAUGGAUAAUAUUGCCUGGUGUGAAUUGACCGAAAGCAAGGGCUCAAAGACAACUUUUACGUUAAUUUACACUCAUCAUUCCAUCUCAGAUACAUUGCUACUAUCUUCAACGCAUUCACACUCUCUCCACCAAUCAACAUCAUUCAAAACACACGAUUUCGAGGCUGAUUCAUCAGUAGCUGAAGAGAUAGUUCGAAAAAUCAAUCACAUUCUCGAAUUACGGAGCAGUAAUGCAAGGAAGGAGUUCUUACAACAUAGAGAACGAAAGGCUGUCAGAAGGAAAAGCUUCAGUCUUCACAGAUGAUGACAAAAUUAUUAGGGAAACGUCAAACCUAAUCAUUCAUUAAAAUCUCUUUUUUCAUUAAUUUUUUUACAAAAAAGAAAAAAUGACUGUAAUAUUGCAUUUUUAUUAUUUCUUAUUUUUAAAAAUAUAACACAAAUUGAGUAUUCAGAAUUCUUACACACCAGA